UGUCAGUCAUCUCCUUGUCUCGUGGGUUUGAUUGGCUCCCUCCACAGUGAGGUUCGGUUGACGCAUCACCGCUCAGCCUGUGGUUUUACUGCCAAGCAGCGACGGUUAUUUUUUAUUUACAUGAACAGAAAAUCAUAAACGUUGCUUCUUGCGAACGAGUUGACCGAAAAACGCACACAAGCGCAGGCUGAACAUGGAGUCGUAUGAUAUUAUAGCCAACCAGCCGGUUGUGAUUGAUAAUGGUUCUGGAGUUAUUAAGGCUGGCUUUGCUGGAGAUCAGAUCCCUAAAUACUGUUUCCCAAAUUAUGUGGGGCGACCCAAGCAUGUUCGGGUGAUGGCCGGUGCCCUUGAGGGUGAUCUGUUUAUUGGACCCAAAGCUGAGGAGCACAGGGGGCUGCUGUCCGUGCGCUAUCCUAUGGAACACGGCAUCGUGAAAGACUGGAAUGAUAUGGAGCGCAUCUGGCAGUAUGUGUACUCAAAGGAACAGCUGCAGACCUUCUCCGAGGAGCAUCCUGUACUGUUGACCGAGGCACCACUGAACCCCAGUAAAAACCGUGAACGGGCGGCAGAGGUUUUCUUCGAGACCUUCAACGUGCCGGCGCUGUUCAUUUCCAUGCAGGCGGUGCUCAGUUUAUACGCCACAGGCCGAACCACAGGUGUGGUCCUGGAUGCUGGAGAUGGUGUGACACACGCUGUCCCCAUAUACGAGGGUUUCGCCAUUCCACAUUCCAUCAUGCGCGUGGACAUCGCCGGACGUGACGUCUCCCGAUACCUCCGCCUACUCCUUCGCAAGGAAGGCUACGAUUUCCACACUUCUGCAGAGUUCGAGGUCGUUCGCACCAUCAAGGAGAGAGCCUGCUACCUUUCCCUUAACCCCCAGAAGGAUGAAACUCUAGAAACUGAAAAAGCACAAUACACCCUACCCGACGGAAGCACUCUAGAUAUUGGCCCGGCACGGUUCAGGGCUCCAGAGCUUCUCUUCAGGCCUGAUCUGAUUGGAGAUGAGAGUGAGGGUAUUCAUGAAGUGCUAGCCUUUGCCAUUCAGAAGUCAGACAUGGAUCUGCGACGCACCCUCUUCUCAAACAUAGUGCUGUCUGGCGGCUCAACACUCCUCAAAGGUUUUGGAGACCGGUUGUUAAGUGAAGUGAAGAAACUUGCACCAAAAGACGUUAAAAUUAAGAUAUCUGCACCACAGGAGAGACUUUAUUCAACAUGGAUAGGGGGAUCUAUCCUGGCUUCACUCGACACCUUUAAGAAGAUGUGGGUCUCCAAGAAAGAAUACGAGGAAGAUCGCGCCCGUGCCAUCCACCGGAAGACUUUUUAAUGGGGUUUAGGCCACCAGCCUCCCUGAUCUCUGCGGUUUCACAUCCCUCUCCUCUCUCGCUUGGCCUCCCUCUGUUUCCCUCCCUACCCACCUACCCGCCGGGCCUCCCAUCCGCAGCUAAGGCAUGCCUUCCGUGUCCUCUGCCCAGCUCUCGUUCGGGACACCCUGAGAGCGAGUUUGGGGCAGGAUACGACCGGGCAUCCAUUGCCCGUUUUGCACCCAUCAAACACCAGGGCAUCAGUCAAUACUGUUAACUAUUGUUUCAUUUAAAGCCAAUGCUUCAAUCCUGCGCUUAGAUAUUUAUUACACUAUUUACCCUGCCCUCUAUGAUAUUGUCAUAUCUAUUCUAAUGAAACAUGAAGGUGAAUGUUUUACUCUGUUGUAAGAAUUUCAUUCCAGAACCGAAGAGGUCGAAGUUGUUGAGUCAACAUAGUAUUUUUAUUCUUAUUCAUUUGAGUGUUUUGCAGCGUUAAUUGCGAACGUAUACAAUAGGAAAGGCAUCGCUCACCACUACAACAAUUCACUGUAAUGGACACUACUGCGUUUCCUGUCCGUGUCCCUCCCUUUGACCGUAUCGAGGCUGAAACCACUCAAGGGAACUUAAUAAUGUAUACUGAAAUACAAUGUACGCGGUAGGUAGCUAUGUUUAUCGCUGCUUGAAAAGUGUUAUUAUUAGUAUACAGUACAUUUUAAUGUGGAAUCAUCGGUUUAUGAAAAGGGGCGGCUGUAAAGAACCAUUUUGAGUUGUUUACGGUCUAGAAAUUUUGCUCUCAGAAUUAUGCUUUUCAGCUUUAAGUUGUAGACCAUAACUGUUCCCACACAGAAAUUGACUUGAUGCGAGCAGUAGCCCUUUUUGAGGUUUUUUUUUUUUUCUUCCACUGAACAUUUCACAUUUCCCAUGAUUCUCAUAUUGUUAAGCUGUGGACUGAAGCUUUAAUGAAGUCGUCCAGUGAGUUUCAUGUUGCCAUAAGACGUCUCAUUGUGGCACGAUUUCGAUGUAAAUUCAGACUCUCCCCGAAUUCCCGAUUAGUGCAUGAAAACAACAGGAUGACAGAGAUUGUGUGUUAUUUCUAUGUAAAUCUGAUUGACGUGGCUAUAGAAGGCAGAGGGUGGCCGAAUGGAUUUAGAAGCUCUUCUGGCACUAGUAUUUCUGUAGUGUUUGUUGAAAGAGAGCUGCUCUCUAUUGGGAUGAUGGGUAGCAGGGUUGCGUUUAAGUCCAGUUUGUCCAACCUAGGAUUCGCCUUACUCCAGUGUCGUCAUUGGAAAGUUAGAGCAUCUUGGUUGUUUUUCUUUUUAAAGAUCUAGAAAUAUCAUCAUAAGCCUUGUGUACAGUGGGUUGCUAUUCAAAACUGUUAAAAACAUAAAAAAAACACACAAAAAAUAAAUGACAAAAAGGACUAAAAUGUACAAACCUGUUUCUUCAAUUGUUGCUUUUUCUUUUAAUUUUGUAAAUUCAGUAUGAUAAAUAAAUUAAUGAUGUCUGGAA